UGUUAAAAAUACUUUUCUUUUUGAGUUUCUUUAUGUUGCCUGAAAAUCUAAAGAACCAGACAGAGAAUUUUAUAAUGGGGCCAUCAGAGAAGGAAGGCGAGAUCGUGUGCGUCACCGGCGCGUCUGGGUUCAUUGGUUCAUGGCUCAUCAAGCUGCUCCUAGAACGCGGUUAUGUGGUGCGCGGCACUGUGCGGGACCCUGAAAACUUGAAGAAGGUGAAACAUUUGCUGGAACUACCUAAAGCAAAGACACACCUGACUCUUUGGAAAGCUGAUUUAGGUGAAGAUGGGAGCUUUGAUGAUGCAAUUCAAGGUUGCACAGGUGUGUUCCAUGUCGCCACACCUAUGGAUUUCGAGUCCGAGGACCCCGAGAAUGAAGUCAUAAAACCGACGAUCAAUGGAGUGUUGAGCAUCAUGAAAGCAUGUGCCAGAUCCGAAACUGUUAGAAGAUUAGUGUUCACGUCAUCUGCUGGAACUAUUGACGUUGCAGAACAACAAAAGCCUUGUUAUGAUGAAAGCUGUUGGAGCGACCUUGAAUUUAUCCAAGCCAGGAAAAUGACUGGUUGGAUGUAUUUCGUCUCCAAGACAAUGGCUGAGCAAGCUGCCUGGAAGUUUGCUAAAGAAAAUAACAUAGAUUUUGUCAGCAUAAUACCACCUUUAGUUGUUGGUCCAUUUAUUAUGCAGUCGAUGCCGCCAAGCCUUAUAACUGCACUUUCUCCCAUCACUGGGAAUGAAGCUCAUUAUUCAAUCAUAAAACAAGGCCAAUUCAUUCAUUUGGAUGACUUGUGUAGAGCUCAUAUCUUUCUUCUCGAGAAUCCGAAAGCCGAAGGUCGAUACAUUUGCGCCUCUCACCAUGCUACCAUUGUCGAUCUUGCGAAGAUGCUCAGAGAAAAGUACCCUGAAUAUAAUGUUCCAACAGAGUUCAAAGACGUGGAUGGUGACUUGAAGAGUAUUGAAUUCUCUUCAAAGAAGCUGAUGGAGUUGGGGUUUCAGUUUAAAUAUAGCUUGGCAGACAUGUUCAUAGGAGCUGUCGAGACAUGCCGAGAAAAGGGCCUGCUUCCUCUUUCAAAUGAGAAGCAUGUCACCGUAGACUAAAAAGAUCCACAAAUGAAUGCCUUCCAUGUCUUUCCAUUUCGUCUUGCGAAAUAAAUAAAUAAAGAUUAAAUCUUGAAUGA